AUGAGAUUUGUGAGAUCGAGGAAGUCUUAUAUUUUUAUCAGCUUCGGCCUUAUAAUAGCUCUUUUUCUUUUUACACACUGGAGAUCAUACAAAAUUCUUGUUGAAAAAGGUCACGAAGAAAGAGUGACACAUGCUAAAGACAAUAAGCUUGGAAGUCAUGAUCAGCUGAGCGGGAAGAUGACCCAGCAAAACUGCUCACCGGAAAGUGGCUUGCAAACAUCCGCCCACUGCAGAAAGAAAGGUGAAGAUGGAAUUGUAUGCUUUUUUAGCGCAGUGAUGUCAGUCCAAUAUGUGUCAUAUCAUAUUUUUGCCUCUAAUAUUCUGGUCACUUUCGAAUUCCUUUUAAGCGGUAACUUGAUAACGGCGUAAUUUGGGAUUACCGCAGUCCAUAAACUGUGAGAUUUUAAGUCACUGAUCCAGUAUAUAAAUAUGUAUAUAUAAAUAUAUACAUAUAUAUAUAUACUGACAGAUUUUACGCCGUUAACUAAGAUAUUUAUAAAUUAUGUUACUAUAUAUAUUCCCCUUUUUAAGAGUCAACUGCUUUUCGUGGAAACAAAUUAGUUACUCUAAUUAACUAAUUUCUUAAAGUUGGAGCUGGUUAUCGCGUGACUUAAUAGUGCAGGUGAUUUCCAAAAAUACGAACAAGAGUUCAAAAAACAGGGCAAUAGCCUUGAAUUCCAAAAGCUGUAUUUCUGUGUUGCUCUGUAUCUGUUCGGUAGCACAUUACAGAUGAUGUCAAAAAUGUAAUAAGAACAAAAACGUGGUACACGAGGUGAGGCAGAGUUUGUCGCUGAUGUGCUUACGACACUUUUGACGUCUUCUGUGACCUGUUACUGUUCAGGCAAUCGGCAACAUGGAAUCUAUUUCUUUUAUAUGAUAGCAAAGCAAAAUAUUGUUAAUGGUGAUCUCAUUUAGGCAUCUGUCCUUCAAUAGACCAUAAUUAAGGACCACUCGUAAUGCGUGUAUGAUUCAGUUUUGAGAACUCUCUUGACUUGUGACUCCUUGAUCCUUAGGAAUUCCUGGGAAAUCUUUGAUCUUUUUUCCUAUUCUGGGAACUUCCCUGUGAUAAGGAAAAAGUUUAGAAAGCACUUUUGAGGAAACUGUUGGAUUGAUACUUUUUGCCAAAUUUUCAGGAGACUUUUAUCAGUGAAAUAGAAUGACAAAGCUUUUAUUACAUGUGUUUAAUUUUGAACUCUGGUGUGGAAUAUUUGAUUUUUUUACACUGGAAAAGAUAAUAAGUAUGCAUCCCCACCCCCUUCAUUUACAAGUCCCUCCUCCUGACAUUUUUAUUUUGGGCUUACCCAGUAACUCUAUAAUUCCCAGAAGUGACCAACAUGUAACUUCUCCCUUUGAUAUCCAUAUGUUUUCUAGCAAACAGUUAAUGAGAAAACUAAAACUUAUUGGGAAGAAGUUUUUAUCUUGAUCUUACACCAAAUUCUCAUAACUCAUUUUCAAGGAAUUGUGUUGCAGCAAGAGUAGAGAAUUAACAAUCAGAUCUUGGGAGUUAAAGGGUUAAACAAGAUCAAGAUUGAGAUCAACUUUAUUUAAACAGGCUAGCCUAUUAUCAACAUUAUAAAAAGCUGGUUUCCAGUAGAAGCAUGAAAACACACAUCAUGUACAGACCUUUUACCUCUCUGUUAGAAUAGUUAGCUGUAUGAAGCAGUAAUUUCUGAUUCCUUCUCUCUCCUUUUGUUUUGAGAUUAAUAUUUCUCUCAAAAGAGUUUUUAAAGAAAAUGAAUGGUUGUUGUUUUUCUUUAUUUUAGGUAUCCUUGGGGUGGCACCCUCAAAUUUAUCAAGUUAUAAGCCUAACUUAAUGGGCCUCUUUGCAUGUUUGUCUGGAGAACUGAGCAUCAGUUGGACAUCUGUUAACGAUGAUUACUGUGAUUGUCCAGAUGGUAGUGAUGAACCAGGCACAGGAGCAUGUCCAAAUACAAGGUGAACACACCAAGCCAGAGAUAAGCUAAAUUAUAGCAAAAUUGAUCAGAUAGAGGUAGCUGCAGAACAGGCCACCUUUUUUGCAGUUAGGCAUAAGGGGAGAGGUAGAAAUGAUAUGCCCUUUCUGCUCACCUUACACUCUACCCUUAAAAUUGCCUCCGCUUUCCUGAAAAAUGCGGAAAAAGCACUCUCUGUUGUGCGAGCUGAGAUGGAAAAAUAUUGGAAGUGUCAAUGAUGUCUUCAACUCUUCGAGAGGUGGACAGUGGUGGUUCUGAAUGCAAUACAACUGCAAAAGAUUUGGCAAAUACCACAAUACUUCAAUAACUACCUGAAAUUCAAUUUCACCCAUCAAAAUCACUACUCUAUAUGUUAUGUUUAGACUGAGAAAAAAAACAGAAAGAACAAGUAGGGAUUUUUUUGAUGAACAGUGUGUUGGGUUAUUGCCAAUUUCAGCUUGUUUGUGAAACAAUUGGAAACUGGAAAAGGCUCAGAAAAGGGUGGAGGACUUGAAGGAGAAAAUGCUAAAGAAAUGUAUCUUGCACAUCCAGAGAAUACUGCUAUACCACAAAUUAUACAAUAUUAAAAUUAGCAAAAUACUGCAAGAAAAAAGUCCAAUACCGCAAACCCCAAUGCCCCUCCCUUCCUCUCCCCCCCCCCUCCUUCAAUCCCAGAGUAUCUAAUAUCUCCUUUGAAUACCAUUCUUGAAUAAAACAUUAGGGUCAUGAGAAUAAAGGAAAUGAUCACAAACUGAAGAAGGUGAUGAUUCUGUUCAACAAAUUCUCCUCUUUGGCAUCACAGGAAAUCUAUAGAGAACAUUAUGGAGAAUAUGCAUAUUGAUGUUAGAUUGUAAAGGAUUAGAUAGAAAGUAGUAGUGUCCAAGCUAAGGAUAUCCUUGGGUUUUAUGUAGCAAGAAGUAAUUUCAUGUGAGGGUACUACAACCUCAUUAUCAGGGUCUCUCCACUUUCCUUCCUUUUGAACAAGGAAGAGGAAGGGAAGAUGAGAGACCCUGGGAUUGAGGUUGGGGCUGCCUUUGGAUGGAGAGUAAGUUCAUUACAGUUGGCCCUCCUCAGCUUUGCAUCUAUUAUCCCUGUCAGUUAACUGGUACCCAUUUAUACUCUUGGGUGGAGCAACACUGUGGAAGUAAACCUUUUUAACCAAACUAACAGUACACAACACUGAUAACUCUAAUCAAAGAUCUGGAACCCAGUGUGUCCACCAUUGAUUUUACUCUGACAGUCUCUUAACCCUUUAACUCCCAGAUCAAAUUUGUAAUUCUCCUUCCUGUCAACCACACAAUUCUUACAAUAUCAGUUUAGAGAAUUUAGUAUUGGAUCAACUAAUUAUCCUCACAAGGAUAGUUUUCUUUAUUCUCAUCACUUAUCUGGUUGAUAUUGUAUGGAUAUUGUAAGGAGAAAUUCUGUCUUGGUCACUCAUGGGAGUUAAAGGGUUAAGUGAAGCAUGAAAAUGUAAGUCCAUGGUUGUCAUUCUGACUUCCAUGGUUUUCUGUGAGUUCUUUUCUGUUUGCUCCACUAAGUUGACAGUUUUAUCUUUUACAGAUUCUACUGCGCUGGCGGAGAACAUUACUUGCCCUCUUCUCGUAUUAAUGAUGGAAUAUGUGACUGUUGUGAUGGAUCUGAUGAGUGGAAGAAAUUGACUGUCAGAGAAGAUGUGUUACAGAAACAUAACUUUGAUAUGAAAUAUGUGCCCUGUCAAAACUUCUGUUGA